GCCGUUGCCAUAAUUUAUCCCAUAUACCUACCUUACAUUGCAAUUCACAGCAAAUGAGCGCUGCUGCUGAAGUCCGUUCGCUCUUCCGCGCGUUCCUUCGCGCGGGCAAGCAUUACCCCAAUUACAACAUUCGCGAGUAUAUCCAGCGACGCGCGCGUGAGGGUUUCCAUGACGCAGCAAAGCUAACGGAUCCGUCGGCGGUCAAGUCGCUGCUGGAGCUGGGCCGCCAGGAGCUGGAGGUGGUGAAGCGGCAGUCGCUGGUGUAUGGCCUCUACGGGCGAAAGUUCAAAAACGUCCUGGAGCUGGACCUGCCGCAGGUCCAGCCCGCAGGCAAGCCCCCCGCCGCCGCCAGCCUCUGAGCGUGAGCUAGCGGAGUGCUGGCUAGGGACGUGAGGCCGCCGCCGGCAGGGCCGCUCCUCGGUCCGCGCCGUCGGCCGCCGCCGCCGCCUGGGCCGGUGCAGCGGGCCUACAAGCCCCGGGCGGCUGCCGUACCUGCUUACCCGGGCGCGAGCCCGUCAGGCGGGGUUGGAGCUGAAGCCGGCGGCUGCGCAGAAGCUGGGAGCGGGGCGGCAGCAGGCAGCGGUGGAGCAUGGUUGAACGCAUGUCGCAUGCUGGUUAGCUCGUCUGAGAGUGAUGGGAGGGCUUACAGAAGCCUCUAGCUACAGAAGCCUCUAGGAGAGGUCAUGGCAAGCAGGUGGGGGGGGGGUUUGCAGCGUGGGUGGCGUACUGGCUGGCGGCCGGCGGGUGCCCUGCCGAUGAGGAGGCGGCUGACCCUGCUGGUGGGCCGGCUUACACAAGCAGCAACGCGAGGCUGGUGAUGGCCUCGGGUGAGGGCGGCGAGACCAGCGCGGCCCGCAUGGCAGCAGCUCCCGCGCCUCUGAGCCGGAUGGCAUCGGGAGGCUGGAGCGCCGCGCCUUGCCGGGCACUGUCAGGCACAGCGGAACACCGCAAGGCUCGUCACCGGUUGCGCGGACCGCCAGCUUGCUAAGGCUUGGGUUGUCGAUCAAGCUUAGAGAGAGGCGGGCUCUGCCGCGUGCCGGCCGCGCAGCAGCACGCAGGCUGUGCAGCGAUGGCUAACUGCCUGGCUAGGGGAUGGGGUUUUGGCCGCCGCCAGAAGUUGGAUUAGACUGGUCAACACAUGGUGUUUGGGUUACGGUGGCGCUGGCAUCGUUGUGAGUGUAUGGUUGAGCUUACUGACACGGAGUGGGCGGCAUGUUCGCGUAUACAUUCUAUAAGCAUGUGACUGGAGGGAGGGGCCGUGGGUGAUGCAAUGGCGGCUCGGGCGCUGCUGGAAGAAUGUGACACCCGGCAGGUACAGGUGGCUGCAGAGGUUUGGUUUGCGGUCAUGCAGAAGUGCGUUGCGGGCGUUAGGAAACGUAUAUGUAGACCUGCGUUGCGUGGGCUAAGGAUUUGGCUUGUUGUGGAGCACAGCAGCAGCGCAAGUUGCUGAACGCAGGACGCGUGGGCGGUGGGGCAACGGCGUGGCGUUGUACACGCAGGAGGGCACGGAACGCAGUGCACGUUUGAGCACCUGGGGAGGUUCGCCGCGUUCCCCGCCAUGUGUUUCAUGCCCUACGGAUAGAAACGUUGCUGAUUUAGGUGCUGACUUUCCGUGUGAAAGGUAGUGUCGGCACCGCUGAGCUGGGCACAAACUAUGGUUGGGAUGAAGGGGGGCAUGGGCCGCGGCAUUUCCCCGCCAUUUUGCCCAUGUUUUGUCAGUCCGUUUCGCCGCACUCCUUAAUACCGUCUAUGAAC